AUGCCUCCUUACCCUUGGAACCUGCCAUUACGACGAUUCCUGCUCAUUCUGGGGAAGACCAUUCUGGGGACCAUUCCAGUGAAUAGGGGGGGCACUGAUAAGACCUCCAAAGUCUGCCAGCGGAAAUCAAAAGAUGUCAUCCCCCUGCAUUGGAGCAGUGGGUUGUCGGCCAUCGAGCCUGGGUUGAUGGCAAGCACCACUACUGCAAGUUCAGUAGGGAGCUCAAGGGUACUGUCACUGCUCCCUGAGUUUGAGGGUCUCACAAACGUUGAGGGUGGUGGUAGUGGCAGGGGGAAGACAAACAGGAAUAUGCAGGCGACCAUCAACACAAAUGGUCAUGGGCAUGUGGCACAAACCAAUGGGAGGGUUGGGGGUGGAGUGGGUUCACUUCCUCCACCUUCAUCUAUCUCUGGCCUAGGCAUCUUGAUGGGUGGAGGGACAACAUGGAUGGGUAGUGUGGGUAAGACGUUGGGGGAUUUGAGGGAUAGUCCUACCUUCACCAAAAGUCAAAAACAAGCAUCCGUGCUACUAUCAGAUGUCUCACAAAGCAUCAUCUCUGCAUGGAAUGCUCUCACCACACCAAUCGGGUCAGCUCCACCAAUCUCACCUAUGCUGAGCACGCCUCUAUCUACCUCACCUUUAUCCCCUUCCCUUCUUGAUGACGAUAAUGAUGGCACUAUACGCAUUGCAAGUGUUAUGACCCCUGAUUCCAAGAAACCGCACAUGACCUUGAUGCCCUCCCAGCUGGAUGGGGGCAUGAAACCUUCAAACAAACUGACAACAAGACCCUCCAAUACCAAGGCUCAAGAUGAAGACAAGAAAUGGAAUUGGUAG